AUGUCACCCUUCUACAUUGUUUCCACGUCACCCUUCUACUUUCUUUCCACGUCACCCUUCUACUUUCUUUCCAUGUCACCCUUCUACUUUGUUUACGCGUCACCCUUCUACUUUGUUUCUGUCACCCUUCUACACUGUUUCUACGUCACCCUUCUACAUUCUUUCCAUGUCACCCUUCUACUUUGUUUACGCGUCACCCUUCUACUUUGUUUCUGUCACCCUUCUACACUGUUUCCACGUCACCCUUCUACUUUCUUUCCAUGUCACCCUUUCUACUUUGUUUACGCGUCACCUUCUUCUUUGUUUCUAUGUCACCCUUCUACUUUGUUUACGCGUCACCCCUUCUUCUUUGUUUCAUGUCACCCUUCUACAUUGUUUCCACGUCACCCUUCUACUACUUUCUUUCCAUGUCACCCUUCUACUUUGUUUACGUCACCCUUUCUACUUUUUUUCUGUCACCCUACUACACUGUUUCCGCGUCACCUUUCUACUUUUUGUUUCUGUAACCCUUUUACAUUGUUUCCACGUCACCCUUCUACGUUCUUUUCCAUGUCACCCUUUCUACUUUGUUUACGCGUCACCCUUCUUCUUUGUUUCUAUGUCACCCUUCUACUUUGUUUACGCGUCACCAUUCUUCUUUUUUCUAUGUCACCCUUCUACAUUGUUUCCACGUCACCCUUUCUACUUUCUUUCCAUGUCACACUUCUACUUUGUUUACGCGUCACCCUUCUACUUUGUUUCUGUCACCCUUCUACACUGUUUCCACGUCACCCUUCUACUUUCUUUCCAUGUCACCCUUCUACAUUGUCUACGCGUCACCCUUCUUCUUUGUUUCUAUGUCACCCUUCUACUUUGUUUACGCGUCACCCUUCUUCUUUGUUUCUAUGUCACCCUUCUACUUUGUUUACGCGUCACCCUUCUUCUUUGUUUCUAUGUCACCCUUCUACAUUGUUUCCACGUCACCCUUCUACUUUCUUUCCAUGUCACCCUUCUACUUUGUUUACGCGUCACCCUUCUACUUUGUUUACGCGUCACCCUUCUACUUUGUUUCUAUGUCACCCUUCUACAUUGUUUCCACCCUUUUACGUUUUCCGCGUCUCCCUUGUACUUUGUUUCCAUGUAACGCUUCUAUGCUGUUUCCACUUUGUUUCCACCUCUUCACUCUACUUUGUAUUGACGUCUCCCUUGUACUUUUUUUUCUUCGUAUCCCUUAUACUUUGGUUCCGCGUCUCUUUUGCACCUGUAUACGUAUCUCUUGCUCUUCGUGUCUCUAUUUGUUUCCACAUAUUUCUCGCUCUUUGUAUCUCUCUUUGUAGUCAUGUCUCACUCUCUUUCUAUCUCUCUUUGUACCACGACUCUCCCCCGAUUACUGUAUCUCUCUUUUUUCCACGUUUCACUCUCUCUCACUUUAGUUUUCUCUUUGUUUCAAGAUCUCCCUCACUCUUUGUGUCUCUAUUUGUUUCAAGGUCUCCCUCACUCUUUGUGUCUCUAUUUGUUUCAAGGUCUCUCUCACUCUUUGUGUCUCUAUUUGUUUCAAGGUCUCCCUCGCUCUUUGUGUCUCUAUUUGUUUCAAGGUCUCCCUCACUCUUUGUGUCUCUAUUUAUCUCCCUCACUCUUUGUGUCUCUAUUUGUUUCAAAGAUCUCUCUCACUCUUUGUGUCUCUAUUUGUUUCCAAGGUCUCUCUCACUCUUUUGUGUCUCUAUUUGUUUCAAGGUGUCCCUCACUCUUUGUGUCUCUAUUUGUUUCAAGGUCUCCCUCACUCUUUAUUUGUUUCAAGGUCUCCCCACCACUCUUGUGUCUCUAUUUGUUUCAAGAUCUCCUCACUCUUUGUGUCUCUAUUUGUUUCAAGGUCUCCCUCACUCUUUUGUGUCUCUAUUUGUUUCCAAGAUCUCCCUCACUCUUUGUGUCUCUAUUUGUUUCAAGAUCUCCCCACUCUUUGUGUCUCUAUUUGUUCAAGGUCUCCCCCUCAUUUUUGUGUCUCUAUUUGUUUCUAAGGUCUCCCACUUUUGUGUCUCUAUUUGUUUCAAGGUCUCCCUCACUCUUUGUGUCUCUAUUUGUUUCAAGAUCUCCUCACUCUUUGUGUCUCUAUUUGUUUCAAGGGCUCCCUCCUCUUUGUGUCUCUAUUUGUUUCAGGUCUCCCACUCUUUGUGUCUCUAUUUGUUUCAAGGUCUCCCUCACUCUUUGUGUCUCUAUUUGUUUCAAGGACUCCCUCACUCUUUGUGUCUCUAUUUGUUUCAAGGUCUCCCUCACUUUUGUGUCUCUAUUUGUUUCAAGGUCUCCCUCACUCUUUGUGUCUCUAUUUGUUUCAAAAUCUCACUCUUUUUGUGUCUCUAUUUGUUUCAAGGUCUCUCUUUGUGUCUCUAUUUGUUUCUGGUCUCUCUCAAUUUUUGUGUCUGCUUUUUGUUUCAAGAUCUCCCCCUCACUUUUGUGUCUCUAUUUGUUUCAAGAUCUCCCUCACUUUUGUGUCUCUAUUUGUUUCAAGGUCUCUCUCACUCUUUGUGUCUCUAUUUGUUUCAAGGUCCCCUCACUCUUUUGUGUCUCUCUAUUUGUUUCAAGGUCUCCCCACUCUUUUUGUGUCUCUAUUUGUUUCAAGGUCUCUCACUCUUUGUGUCUCUAUUUGUUUCAAGGUCUCUCUCACUCUUUUUGUGUCUGCUUUUGUUUCAAGAUCUCCCUCGCUCUUUUGUGUCUCUAUUUGUUUCAAGAUCUCCCCCUCACUCUUUGUGUCUCUAUUUGUUUCAAGGUCCCCUCACUCUUUGUGUCUCUAUUUGUUUCAAGAUCUCCUCACUCUUUUGUGUCUCUAUUUGUUUCAAGGUCUCCUCCUUUUGUCUGUCUAUUUGUUUCAAGUCUCCCUCACUCUUUGUGUCUCUAUUUGUUUCAAGGUCUCCCUUCACUCUUUGUGUCUCUAUUUGUUUCAAGGUCUCUCUCACUCUUUGUGUCUCUAUUUGUUUCAAGGUCUCCCUCACUCUUUGUGUCUCUAUUUGUUUCAAGGUCUCCCUCACUCUUUGUGUCUCUAUUUGUUUCAAGGUCUCUCUCACUCUUUGUGUCUCUAUUUGUUUCAAGGUCUCUCUCACUCUUUGUGUCUGCUUUUGUUUCAAGAUCUCCCUCACUCUUUGUGUCUCUAUUUGUUUCAAGAUCUCCCUCACUCUUUGUGUCUCUAUUUGUUUCAAGGUCUCCCUCACUCUUUGUGUCUCUAUUUGUUUCAAGGUCUCCCUCACUCUUUGUGUCUCUAUUUGUUUCAAGGUCUCCCUCACUCUUUGUGUCUCUAUUUGUUUCAAGGUCUCUCUCACUCUUUGUGUCUCUAUUUGUUUCAAGGUCUCUCUCACUCUUUUGUGUCUGCUUUUGUUUCAAGAUCUCCCUCACUCUUUGUGUCUCUAUUUGUUUCAAGAUCUCCUCACUCUUUUUGUGUCUCUAUUUGUUUCAAGGUCUCCCCACUCUUUGUGUCUCUCUAUUUGUUUCAAGGUCUCCUCACUCUUUUGUGUCUCUAUUUGUUUCAAGGUCUCCCUCACUUUUGUGUCUCUAUUUGUUUCAAGGUCUCCCUCACUCUUUGUGUCUCUAUUUGUUUCAAGGUCUCCCUCUUUGUGUCUCUUUUGUUUCAAGGUCCCCCACACUUUGUCUCUAUUUGUUUCAAGGUCUCCCUCACUCUUUUGUGUCUCUAUUUGUUUCAAGGUCUCCCUCACUCUUUGUGUCUCUAUUUGUUUCAAGGUCUCCCUCUCCUCUUUUGUGUCUCUUUUGUUUCCAAGGUCUCCCUCACUUUUGUGUGUCUCUAUUUGUUUCAAGGUCCCUCACUUUUGUGUCUCUAUUUGUUUCAAGGUCUCCCUCACUCUUUGUGUCUCUAUUUGUUUCAAGGUCUCCCCUCACCUCUUUUGUGUCUCUAUUUGUUUCAAGGUCUCCCUCACACUUUUUGUGUCUCUAUUUGUUUCAAGGUCUCCCUCACUCUUUGUGUCUCUAUUUGUUUCAAGGUCUCCCUCACUCUUUGUGUCUCUAUUUGUUUCAAGGUCUCCCUCACUCUUUGUGUCUCUAUUUGUUUCAAGGUCUCCCUCACUCUUUGUGUCUCUAUUUGUUUCAAGAUCUCCCUCACUCUUUGUGUCUCUAUUUGUUUCUAUUUGUUUUCUGAUCUCCCCUCACCUUUGUGUCUCUAUUUGUUUCAAAGUCUUUCUCACUUUUUGUGUCUCUAUUUGUUUCCAAGGUCUCCCUCACUCUUUGUGUCUCUAUUUGUUUCAAGUCUCCCCUCACUCUUUGUGUCUCUAUUUGUUUCAAGGUCUCUCUCACUCUUUGUGUCUCUAUUUGUUUCAAGGUCUCUCUCACUCUUUGUGUCUCUAUUUGUUUUUCAAGGUCUCUCCCUCUUUGUGUCUCUUUUUGUUUCAAAGGUCUCCUCAUUUUGUGUCUCUAGGUCUCCCUCACUCUUUUGUGUCUCUAUUUGUUUCAAGAUCUCCCUCUCACUCUUUUGUGUCUCUAUUUGUUUCAAGAUCUCCCUCACUCUUUUGUGUCUCUCAUUUGUUUCAAGGUCUCCCUCCUCUUUUGUGUCUCUUUUGUGUCUCUAUUUGUUUUGUUUCCAAGAUCUCCCUCACUCUUUGUGUCUCUAUUUGUUUCAAGGUCUCCCCUCACUCUUUGUGUCUCUAUUUGUUUCAAGAUCUCCCUCACUCUUUGUGUCUCUAUUUUGUUUCAAGGUCUCCCUCCCCUCUUUGUGUCUCUAUUUGUUUCAAGAUCUCCCUCACUCUUUGUGUCUCUAUUUGUUUCAAGGUCUCCCUCACCUUUGUGUCUCUAUUUGUUUCAAGGUCUCUCUCACUUUUGUGUCUCUUUUUGUUUCAAGAUCUCCCUCACUCUUUGUGUCUCUAUUUGUUUCAAGGUCUCCCUCACUCUUUUGUGUCUCUAUUUGUUUCAAGGUCUCCCUCACUUUUGUGUCUCUAUUUGUUUUCAAGGUCUCUCUCACUCUUUGUGUCUCUAUUUGUUUCAAGAUCUCCCCACUCUUUGUGUCUCUAUUUGUUUCUCAAGAUCUCCCUCACUCUUUGUGUCUCUAUUUGUUUCUCCCUCUUUUAUUGGUCUCUCUCUCACUCUUUGUGUCUCUAUUUGUUCUCUAGAUCUCCCUCACUCUUUGUGUCUCUAUUUGUUUCAAGAUCUCCCUCACUUUUGUGUCUCUAUUUGUUUCAAGGUCUCCCUCACUCUUUGUGUCUCUAUUUGUUUCAAGGUCUCUCUCACUCUUUGUGUCUCUAUUUGUUUCAAGAUCUCCCUCACUCUUUGUGUCUCUAUUUGUUUCAAGAUCUCCCUCACUCUUUGUGUCUCUAUUUGUUUCAAGAUCUCCCUCACUCUUUGUGUCUCUAUUUGUUUCAAGGUCUCUCUCACUCUUUGUGUCUCUAUUUGUUUCAAGAUCUCCCUCACUCUUUGUGUCUCUAUUUGUUUCAAGGUCUCCCUCACUCUUUGUGUCUCUAUUUGUUUCAAGGUCUCCCUCACUUUUGUGUCUCUUUUGUUUCAAGAUCUCCCUCACUCUUUUGUGUCUCUAUUUGUUUCAAGAUCUCCUCACUCUUUGUGUCUCUAUUUGUUUCAAGAUCUCCCCACUCUUUGUGUCUCUAUUUGUUUCAAAGUCUCCCUCACUCUUUGUGUCUCUAUUUGUUUUUUUGUUUCAAGAUCUCCCUCACUCUUUGUGUCUCUAUUUGUUUCAAGAUCUCCCUCACUCUUUGUGUCUCUAUUUGUUUCAAGGUCUCCUCACUCUUUGUGUCUCUAUUUGUUUCAAGGUCUCCCUCACUCUUUGUGUCUCUAUUUGUUUCAAGAUCUCCUCACUCUUUGUGUCUCUAUUUGUUUCAAGGUCUCCCUCACUCUUUUGUGUCUCUAUUUGUUUCAAGAUCUCCCUCACUUUUGUGUCUCUUUUGUUUCAAGGUCUCCCUCACUCUUUGUGUCUCUAUUUGUUUCCAAGGUCUCCCCUCACUCUUUUGUGUCUCUAUUUGUUUCAAGGUCUCCCUCACUCUUUUUGUGUCUGCUUUUGUUUCAAAGAUCUCCCCCACUCUUUGUGUCUCUAUUUGUUUCAAGAUCUCCCUCACUCUUUGUGUCUCUAUUUGUUUCAAGAUCUCCCUCACUUUGUGUCUUUUUGUGUCUCUAUUUGUUUCAAGGUCUCCCUCACUCUUUGUGUCUGUUUCAAGUAUACCUUUUGUCCCCUCACUCUUUGUGUCUCUAUUUGUUCAAGGUCUCUCUCACUCUUUGUGUCUCUAUUUGUUCUGUUUCAAGUCUCCCUCACUCUUUGUGUCUCUAUUUGUUCUCAAGGUCUCCCCACUCUUUGUGUCUCUAGUUGUUUCAAGAUCUCCCUCACUCUUUUGUGUCUGUAUUUGUUUCAAAGGUCUCCCCACUCUUUGUGUCUCUAUUUGUUUCAAGGUCUCCCUCGCUCUUUGUGUCUCUAUUUGUUCAAGGUCUCCCUCAUCUUUGUGUCUCUAUUUGUUUCAAGUCCCCUCGCUCUUUGUGUCUCUAUUUGUUUCAAGGUCUCCCUCGCUCUUUGUGUCUCUAUUUGUUUCCAAGGUCUCCCCACUCUUUGUGUCUCUAUUUGUUUCAAGGUCUCCCCACUCUUUGUCUCUUUUGUUUCAAGUCUCCCUCACUCUUUGUGUCUCAAGGUCUCUCCCUCACUCUUUGUGUCUCUAUUUGUUUCAAAAGGUCUCCCUCCCUCGCUCUUUGUGUCUCUAUUUGUUUCAAGAUCUCCCCUCACUCUUUGUAUCUCUAUUUGUUUCAAGGUCUCCCUCGCUCUUUGUGUCUCUAUUUGUUUCAAGAUCUCCCUCCUUUGUGUCUUUUGUGUCUCAAGCUCCCUUUGUUUCAUUUGUUUCAAGGUCUCUCUCCUCACUCUUUUGUGUCUCUAUUUGUUUCAAAGGUCUCCCUCACUCUUUGUGUCUCUAUUUGUUUCAAGGUCUCCCUCACUCUUUUGUUUCAAGUCUCUAUUUGUUUCAAGGUCUUCCUCACUCUUUGUGUCUCUAUUUGUUUCAAGGUCUCCCUCGCUCUUUGUGUCUCUAUUUAUCUCCCUCACUCUUUGUGUCUCUCUUUGUUUCCACGUCUCCUUCACUCUUUGUUUCCCUCUUUGCCAUGAGGAUUCCUUUACUCUAUGUGUCUUUCUGUUUCCUGGUCUCCUCACUCUUUGUUUCUCUCCUUCCUUUUACGUCCCCCUCACCCUUUGUGUCCCUCUUUGUUUCCAUGUUUUCCUCGUUCUUUGUUUCUGUCUUUGAUUCUUUCCUUUUUUUUCUUUUUUUUUUUGCAUAUUCUUUCUUUCUUUCUUUCUUUCUUUCUUUCUUUCUUUCUUCGCCCCUCCCCUUUUCGUUUCUUUUAUUGUUUUCUUUAUUUCAUUCACACUUUAUUCUUCCAAAGUACUUUGCUAUUUUUAUUUAUAGUUUCCUCUGUUUUUAUUUUCCCGUUAUCGUAACUUUAAAUGCAAUUUCAUAA